CGAGAGCUCCCCAAACCCCAACGCCGCUUCUUUUUUUGAGGUAACCCCUUAGCCUCGUGAAAAGCGGCUACUAGAACGAAAACAACAACAAAGCUACUCUCCUCCUCGUCUAUUCUUAGCUACCAACCGAGAGAAAUCGAGGGAAACAGAUAGAGAUGGAUCACAUAGCGGCAGUAGAAGAACGAAUAGUAUCCGAUAGAUUGAGAAGGAAGCUCGAGGAAGUGAACGUCGCGGCGCAGAACCAGCUCUCUCCCAUCCAAGACCACGUCAACUUCAUCCUCCAGCAAGCAUACUUCAAAUGUGCAUAUGAAUGCUUCGAUAGGAGGAGGAGGCAGGAGGAUAUAAACAACUGCGUGGAGCAUUGUAGUGUUCCGGCUCUCAAUGCCAAUAAUCUUGUUGAAACUGAAAUGGCCAAAUUUCAGGAACGAAUGAACAGGUCUCUAAUGGUAUGCCAAGACAAGUUUGAAGCAGCAAAACUCCAGCAGAUUAAAACAAGUGCCAUGAAUGACUUGGAGUCUUGUGUUAAUCAGGCUAUUGACGAUAAUGUAAAAACCCUUCCUCACAUUGUUGACCGUAUCAAGGCCGCUCUCUCUAUUGGUUGAGAGUUUAACCCAAUUUGCUUGGGUAAUUCAGAACAUCAUCAUUCAAGACAAAGAUGUGAUUGAUUUUUUUUUGUUUUUUUUGAGACUUUGUAAUAUUGAGACAUCUUCAGUAGAAGUUUUCAGCAGCAGGCUGGAUGGGAGGUCAGGCUAUACUUCCAAAUCAAUUGUCUUGAGAAGAAGUAUCGACUCAUUAGACUCAUUGCUCAUCCCUGUACUUCUAAAAGCUAAUACUUAUCAGACGAAAUAAUUCCAGAUGAGCUUAUGCCAUAAAUUUUGUGGUGGCUUCUU